AUGCAGCAAAUCCGAUACAUGAUAUCCUCAUCUGCCACUGCCAUCACCAUACAGGAAGCUGGUCUUCUAGACUUGGUAGCAGGAGGCUACCGUGAGGAUCAUAACUUUAGCAUCUCUACUUGUAGUAAUACUGGAGUGAAAAUUACUUCACAUGCUGUCAAACACGGACGGUUCUCAACUCAAGAUGUUGCAGCACAAUACCAUUACAAGGAUGCUACCAUUAAUGUCAAAGCUGAUUUAGAAUCAAAAUCACCAAUUUCAGCAACUCUAACAUUAAGCAGAAAGUUCCUGCCCUCCUUGAAUACUACUGCUUCGCUGAAAUUGCCAAAUUACAAUUCUAGCACGCUGCGAGCUCAAUACUUCCCCAAACAUGCCGGUUUGGCCAUGUCGGUUUCUUUGUACCACACCUCUAAAAUUCAGCUUUCUGCUUCUGUUGGUACUUCAAGUUUUGCAUUUGGUAUACAGACAGAGUACAAUAUCACUUCUAAACAAUUUCGUGAGUUCGACGCAGGCAUCAGUAUGACAAAGCCGAAUCAUGAAGCAUCAAUUACCAUGGGAAACAAGGGUGACUUCCUAAGGGCAUCAUAUAUCCAUUACUUCGAUCGCAAGAAAAAAGUUGCAGCUGCGGCAGUGAUCUCCCGUAGGUUUUCAAAAAAGGAGAAUACUUUGAUAGUUGGAGGAUCAUGGAUCAUGGACAAUCUAACUACAGUUAAGGCAAGGUUUGACUAUCAUGGAAAGAUGAAGAUGCUUCUGCAACAUAAAAUCAAGCCAAAGUCACGCUUAACAGUUUCUAGUGAAUUUGACACCAAAGCCAUUAACAAGAUUCCUGGAAUUGGAUUAACUCUUUCUCUUGUGCUUUGA